AUGACGAAUAACACAAAUAAAUAUUUAAAUGAUGCUCUAGAAUUGCGAAUUGCCUACUUAGCAAACUCAUCCUUUAAACUGUUUGAUAAAUUGCCCUCAAUCUCACACCAUUUAAUGAGAUGUGCUGUUGGUUUCUCUACUCAAUCACAUAAAGUUCCUACUGAAUUUAAUGUGUGUAAGAAGUGUGGAAUACCUCUAGUUCCAUGUGUAAAUCUGGAGAUCAGAUGCAGGAAAUGUACCAAAAGGAAUCGUAAAACUUUUAAAAAAUAUCUUAAGAAAAAGACUCAUAAAAUGUAUCAUAAGAACAAAAUGGUAUCUAUUAGCUGA